AUGGACAUAGUUGGUCUGAGCCUGGCGGAGCACAGAACCGAAGCUGUGUGGAUAAUAAGCAGGAAAGUUGUUCAGACGAUCACGCUGCAAGUCGGCAACUACAAAUUCACUUCCCAGCCGUUCAUUCGGUAUCUGGGGGUAAUAAUUGACGCCCGACCGAACUUCACGCAGCAAGUGGAAGAUGUUUCUACCAAGGCAUCUGGGGUUAGAUCUGCUUUAUCGCGCCUUAUGCCCAAUAUAGAAGGUCCCAAGCAGAGAAGACGAGCUUUACUGUCGUCAGUGAUUACGUUAGUAUUUACUUACGCAAUUGCUAUCUGGGCUGAUGCACUUCAAACACAGGAGACCCGACGCAAAGUGCCAUCGUUUUAUCGACUAAGUUCUCUCAGAGUUGCCACCGCAUAA